CAUGCUCAACAUGCCCUUCUCUCUGAUCCUGCCCACCAUUGAUCACUCAGACUUUGAUGGGCGGUCCUUGCAUCUGGGCAACCUGAUGGGAGAAGAUCUGAUGGCUGAAGAUCUGGAGUGGGAUGCUGCGUACGAGGAUGCUCUGACCAGACUCUUUCUCUACUUUGACCACCUGCAGCUGCCGGUGCUGUCGUGUCAGGAGAGACUGAUCUGUGAGCUGACAGCUGAUCCUGACACUUUCCUGCCUGUCAGCCAGGUCUUUAUGAAGGAACUCAGACUUGUUAACGGGCCGGUCAGCAUGACUAACGACUCUCUCAUGUGGAGGUACAUGUCAGCUGCACGUCAGGGCUUCACCUCACCUAUUGGAAACUGUUCACUUCUCUACCCCAAGUGUCCUGUGCGUGCCCAGGACGUUAUUGACAUGUCUGUGUUGAAGGUAUGGCAAUAUAUCUCAACAAAAGUAAAUAUACACUUUUAUUAACGGAAAGAACUCGAAAAAAUACCCAGAUCAGUAGUCGACUGAAGAAACCUGCUAAGUGGGCGAAACAUUUCGUAAAUAAAGAUAAAAAUGUGUUGCACAUGUGUCUUAUUCAUCAAGGAAAAAUAUAAAAGGGUAUGAGAGCAUAAUUUAUUGGUUAAUGGGGUUUAAAGUCUAUCUACUACACGAGGGUCAUUAAGGCUGCAUGUCACCUGUA